GACUUCUGUUCUCUUGUCGACCCCGCAGGGCCAAGGCGAAGCUCAGCACCCGGCGCCCUUCGUUCCUCCUGAGAGCAUGGAUCGCGCCUGUCCGUCCCGCGCCCCCGCUGGGAUGUCUCGCCAGUGGUCGGUGCAGUCCGCACCGGCCCCCCGACGGCCUGACCUCCAGGCGGCUGCAGCGGAGGAGCUGUGGGAGGACGAAAUGGAGCGGCUGUGCGCCUCCCGGGAGCCGGUGCGGAUGCUGCCCUACUCCAUGGCGGACAAGCGCUUCAUCCGGGAACUGAGGGAGCCCGAGGGGGUGAAGCCCUCCUGCUGGCAGCGGUGGCUACGCAGAGGGAAGGCGGCGCGUCAGCACUUGAGGGAGGCAGCGCAGAAGCUGGCCCGCGGCUUCGGGCUCUGGGAGGGAGCGCUCUACGAGAUUGGGGGCCUCUUCGGGACCGGGAUCCAGUCUUAUUUCACAUUCCUUCGCUUCCUGCUGCUGCUCAACCUGCUGACCCUACUGAUGAUGGCCAGCUUUGUCCUGCUGCCCCUGGUCUGGCUCCACUACCCCGAGCCAGGCCCUGCCCUGAAACUAACAGGUCUCCAGUGUUCCAGCAGCCACCUGCCCCAGAGUGGCAUUCCAAGGUUCCACAACCCACUUUGGAAUAUUUUGACUGGCAGGGCCUUCAACAACACCUAUCUCUUCUACGGUGCCUACCGGACAGGGCCAGAGCGCCGCUCAACAUACAGCAUCCGCCUGGCCUACCUCCUCAGCCCAGUGGCUUGCCUGCUCCUCUGCUUCUGUGGGACACUGCAGCGGAUGGUAGGGGGGCUGCCACAGCAGCCGCUCCUGGGCCAGGGCUACAGGGCGCCCCUUAGCGCCAAAGUCUUCUCCUCCUGGGACUUCUGCAUCCGGGUGUGGGAAGCUGCCAUCAUCAAGAAGCAUGAAAUCAGCAAUGAACUGAAGGUGGAGCUGGAGGAGGGCCGGCGCCUGGAACUGGCUCAACAGCAGACCCGGGCCCAGAAGGCAUGCCAGCUGCUCGCCUACCUACGCACCAACGUCCUCAUUGUACUCCUGGUGGCUGGAGCCAUCAGCGCCAUCUUCUGGGCCACCAAGUACUCACAGGACAACAAGGAGGAGUCCCUCUUUCUGGUGCUGCAGUACCUGCCCCCAGGAGUCAUUGCCCUGGUCAACUUCCUGGGUCCCCAACUCUUCACGGUCCUGAUCCAGCUGGAGAACUACCCUCCCAGCACCGAGGUCAACCUCACCCUUAUCUGGUGCGUGGUGCUGAAGCUGGCCAGCCUGGGGAUGUUCUCCUUCUCGCUGGGGCAGACUGUGCUGUGCGUAGGCAGAAACAAGACCAGCUGCGAGUCCUAUGGCUACAACGCCUGCGAAUACCAGUGCUGGGAGAAUUCAGUGGGUGAAGAGUUAUAUAAGCUAAUCAUCUUCAACUUCCUGCUCACCGUGGCCUUCGCCUUCCUGGUCACCCUGCCUCGGAGGCUGUUAGUGGAGCGCUUCUCCAGCCGGUUCUGGACUUGGCUGGGCCGGGAGGAAUUCCUGGUGCCCAAGAAUGUGCUGGACAUCGUGGCUGCGCAGACUGUCACCUGGAUGGGCCUCUUCUACUGCCCCCUGCUGCCACUCCUCCACAGCGCCUUCCUCCUCCUCACCUUCUACAUCAAGAAGUACACCCUCCUGAGGAACUCCAGGGCGUCCCCGAGGCUCUUCCGGGCGUCCAGCUCCACCUUCUUCUUCCAACUGGUGCUGCUCCUGGGCUUGCUUUUAGCUGCAGUACCCCAGGGCUACGUGAUCAGCAGCACCCGCUCCUCCUGGGACUGCGGCCUCUUCACCAACUAUUCAGCCCCCUGGCGGGUGGUGCCGGAGCUGGUGGCCCUACAGCUCCCCCUUGCUGGCCAGCGUGCCCUCCAUUUCCUCAGCUCCCACGCCUUCAGUUUGCCGCUGCUCUUUCUGCUCAGCCUGGUCCUGACCGUGUGCGUCUCCCAGUCCCGGGCGAAUGCCAGAGCCAUCCAAGGGCUACGGAAGCAGCUGGUGUGGCAGGUCCAGGAGAAGUGGCACCUGGUGGACGACCUGUCGCGGCUGCUGCCGGAGCUGAGUCCAGAGCCCGAGUCCCCUCGCUCUCGAGCUUCGCGUCCUCGGUCCUUCUGCCCCGGAUUCCCGUGCCCAGGCUCUCCCGGCCGGACACCCCGCCUGGGAUCCUCCACCAGGCUGAGCUCCUCCAGCCCCGGAGCCCAAGGUGCCUCGGAUCCCGCCUCCAUAUUUCACUUCCCUAGCGGUACAGAGCUGUAGCACCGACCCCCCCACCACACACACACCCCACCCACCCUACCCCCAGUCUGCCGCAGCUUCCUCCAGUGCCUCCACCCACCCCCACCCCGCCUCUUCCACCUCUUACCCUGGUCCCACUGCCUACAGCCGGCUACAGGGCUACAGGACCUCGUCCUCAGGUCAGCAGGAAGAGCAUGAGAAUUUCUACCUCUCUAUUUUAUCAAAUCCCUUCCAAUGUUUUAUUGAGUGUUUUAUAGUGUGCACAAUGGUAUGUAUGUUAACUCAUGGAUACAGUUUAUAAAUAUGCGUUUUUUGGGAA